ACAGAUGGGAUGGGAGGGCAUUUCACUCAUGCAGCUUUUCCCCUCCACAAGCGCUCUUCAAACAGCUGAGAGCGGCACUUGAGUUCAGCUCCGGCGGGCAUGUUUUGUGUAAACUGUGAAGCUCACUGGGGCCUAUAUGUGCUCGUCACCACACUAGGUGCUCUUCCUGCUCUUCCUCCAUUGCGCUGCACCUGUGCCGAGGCGGGGUCAGUGAUGUCACCUGAGGCUGGGGGAAGGGAUCCUCUGCGUGUGGGAGAGCUGCUUGGCACAGGUGGAAGUCCUCGUCCUCCCUUCACUACAAGGAAUUUCCAGAGAAUCAAAAUGCUCCCUUAAACGACGCUUGAGAUUAUGAGUGGCGUUUACGACACGUUUUUACCUAAAUAUUCAGUUCUUCCCCUGGAGUUUGACUCGCCUUAAAGGAUAAAGAGCCCAGUUUCCGCCAUAGGAUAAAGAACAACGAGAUGGGAAAUAUGAUAUUGGUGGCGCUUCUGCUCGUUUUCCUGCCAACAGAGGUGUCAUCCAUCCAGGUGAUUGUUCCUGAGACAGAGAGGAGCACGGCUCUCUUUGCCUCUGUGAUCCUCCGCUGUGACUACUCCACCUCAGCCAACCCCCAAGAGGUCCUGGUCACCUGGAGAUACAAAUCCUUCUGUAAAGACCCCGUGUUGGAGUACUACUCCACAGCCUAUCAGGCUGCUCUGCAGCUGGGACAGGACCCGGCCAAUGACUGCCCAGACCGCCAGCGCACGGUUCGCACAGUGAUCCAGAAGAGGGGCACUAAUGAGGCCAUGCUGGGUGCAGAGUAUCGAGAGCGCAAAAUUACCAUUCAAAACAAGGCUGACCUGGUUAUCACUGAGGUAAUGUGGUGGGAUAAUGGUGUGUAUUUCUGCUCCAUUGAUGCUCCUGGUGACACAACAGGAGACUCGGAUCGUGAAGUCAAACUCAUUGUUUACCAUUGGCUGACAGUUUUGUUCAUCAUCAUCGGUGCCCUGCUGCUGAUCAUGCUGUUCUGCAUAUGCUGCUGCCAGUGCUGCCCACAGAAGUGCUGCUGCUACGUCCGCUGCCCCUGCUGUCCACAGACAUGCUGCUGCCCUGAGAAAGCCGUGAUGCAGCACAGGAUGUUGAAAGAGGCUCAGAAGGCCAUGGCUCCGUGGAUGCACGGCCAGCCCAUUUACGCCCCCAUCAGCUCCAACGCCUCAUUGCAGGGCCAGCCUUUGUUGUACUCAGGCUCAUUUUCAGACCACCCUGUCAAGCAGAACUUUGCCAUGGCUCCUAUGGGACCAUCACCCAUGCUCCUCCAGCAUCAACCCCCUCCUCCUCCACCCCAAGGUUUCCAUGGAAACGGCAGCGUGCAUGGCAGCAUCCAAAGUACCAACCAGGUGCUGGACUACCUGGAGAACCAGGUGAGGGGGAUGGACGUCGGGGCUCCGCUAAUGGCUCCCCAUCCUGUCCAACAUCUGCCCCCAUUACAGCCUCAGUCUCAGCCGGUUCCCUUCACCCCGGGACCCCCCAGCAUGUUGUCAGCCCUUGAUGAGAUGGGGGUGAGAGGGGUGGAGAGAAGGGUGAUAACCCUGCCUCCCAUCAUCCAGCGUGUACCCAGCUUAUCUUCACGCAGGGAGCCAGGAGGUGGAGAAGGAGCCAGGGGCGGCCCCAGAUUAUCCAGCCAGUCCAGUGGCAGUUCAAAUCGCACUGGUGCUGGAGGAAGAGGAGGAGGAGGAGGAGGAGGAGGAGGAGGAGGAGGUCGGCACCGGGACAGCCGUGGAUACAGAGACCCGUCUCCUCCCCGCCGUGGGAUCCUGCGCGGUUACAGUGAUGACUCGGACUGGGAGAGUAGGCGGGGAAGUGGGGCACGUGGGAGGGCGAGGGAUGACAGAGGAGGCUCAGCUGGCAGGAGAGGAGGUGGGUCAAGGCCGCGGUCCCGUAGUCGUGACGACCUGAUGGAGGAACUGCGGCGCUCUGCCCCAAGGAGGGACAGGAGCUACUCGCCUCCCCCACGUCGACAAGGCUCGUGGAGCUCGGAUGACGAGGACAGCAGGAAAGGGAAGGCGAGUAAAGGGAGGGACUGGCCCGAGAAGCCGCCCAGCUACUCCUCCAUUGACAUCCAGCCUGGACACAGUAACAGCAGGAGAAACUACGACCGCUUUUCUGAUAGAAGCUCCCGUAGCGGCACCAGCGUAGUGAUCUGAAGCAUUUCUCUCUUUUUAUCCCCUCGGUGAAUGUUUCCUGAAAGGUGAAAAUGAAGACAGACAGUAGGUACCUUGAUUUGCUCAGUCAGGGUCUUGACGAUAACAGAAAUCUGUGAGUGCUGAAAAUUGAAGGUAUGUACAUAGCUUUGUAUAGCAUGCUUGCUUGCUGUUUUUAUAGAAAAUUUUAAAAAGGCCAUAAAAUGAUGCUGAUAAUUGCAGACAACAUGCAUUUUACUAAGCCUGUUUUGUUUUUUGUUUUUUUUUUGUAUUAGAAUAGUUAAUGAAUGUGCUUUUGAUGGUUUCCUUUGUUGUUUCAAAUAGUGUAAUUUUUGUGUGAUUUGGGACUGGUGGAUACAUGUGUCUUGUAUUUUUAACAAGCAGAUUGUUUGCAUAUUUUCAAAUACUGUAUGUAGUUUUUAAGUGGCGUCAGCAGGAAAAAACAUCACUGACUGGGUUUUUUGUGUUUAUUGGUGCAGAUAUGUAUUUCUGUAGUGAUUUAUAUACUUUGUGACAUUUGCCUGUUUUUUAGCUACCUAUUUAAAUUGUUUUUAUCUUGAUUUUCAGUAAUAUUAUUGAGCAGUAAUAACAACCAAAAGCAAUACUUCUUGGACACUGUGAUAAGGAGCUGGACAAAGUAAGAGGACGUCAGUGAUGAAAGCUCAUACCUCUAAGACAAACCACAGCUAGUUAACUCCAAACUUUUCAUUUCCGUUGAAGUUUUCGUAUUGUACCCAGAACAGAAGCAGAGAUGUGUUGCGAUGAAAUGUGCAUAUUUCCAAUAAACCUUUUUAGAUAC